AUGCUUCGAAUCCUUGUGAUAAUUACUGCAAUCGUUAUGCUUCAUCCAGCUGUAGCCCGUCCCCAACUACUUCCACUAGGAGUGCUACCUCCACCUCCGCCUCCACUUCUAAUUGUGCCUCCACCACCGCCUCCACCUAUAGUUCUUCCUCCUCCUAUUCAUCCUCCAUUGCUCCUCCCUCCUCCACCACCGGUUAUACUUGUACCCCCACCACGUCCGCCUGUCGUCGUUCUGCCUCCACCUCUUGGAUUGCAUCCGCGUCCUAUCCGACCACUUUGUUGUUGA